AGCCCCUUCUCUGCCCUGCCACGUACGGGUGGCGGCGGCGGCGGCCGUGCCCGGGCUCGGACGGGGCGGGGGACCUCCACCGGCGGGACCGCGGAGAAGCUAGACUUCCUGUUUUCUGGCACUGAUAGUGCAUGGCGGCUUAUCCUAACUCUGUCCUGAAGUGAGGUGGGAAAUCUGUCCAAUAAUCUAGCAUCAGUAAGACAGACAAGGUCUGCAGGCGAUAAGGAAUCCACCAUGAAUGGGCAGCUGGACUUAAGCGGGAAGCUGAUCAUCAAAGCUCAGCUUGGGGAAGAUAUUAGGAGAAUUCCUAUUCAUAAUGAAGAUAUCACCUAUGAUGAAUUGGUGCUAAUGAUGCAGAGAGUUUUUAGAGGAAAACUUCUGAGCAAUGAUGAAGUCACAAUAAAAUAUAAAGAUGAAGAUGGUGAUCUUAUAACAAUUUUUGAUAGCUCAGAUCUUUCCUUUGCAAUUCAAUGCAGUAGGAUACUUAAGCUGACGUUGUUUGUGAAUGGACAACCAAGACCUCUAGAAUCUAAUCAGGUGAAAUACCUGCGUCGAGAGCUGAUAGAACUUCGCAAUAAAGUCAAUCGUUUACUGGACUGUUUAGAACCACCAGCUGAACCAGAGCUUUCCAGUAAUCUGCCUGAAAGUGAUGCUGUAGAUGGUAGGGAAGAAAAGCCUGCUGCUGCUGACCCUAAUGUUAAGCCAUCUACUCAAGUUAUAGCAGCAAGCAUGUCUGCAUUUGAUCCGCUGAAGAACCAGGAUGAAAUCAGCAAGAAUGUCAUGUCAGCAUUUGGCUUGACAGAUGAUCAGGUGUCAGGACCACCCAGUGCCCCUGCAGAAGAGCGAUCGGGAACACCGGACAGCAUCGCUUCCUCCUCUUCUGCAGCCCACCCCCCUGGUGUUCAGGCACAGCAGCCACCAUACCCCGGAACGCAGCCACAGACUGGUCAGGUGGAAGGUCAGAUGUAUCAACAGUACCAACAGCCUGGUUAUCCUGCUCAGCAGCCACAGGCUCAGCCUCAGCAGCAGUACGGUAUGCAGUACCCAGCCGGCUACCCUCAGCAGCAAACCCCCUCGCAGCAAGCCCAGCAGUUCCCGGCCUACAGCCAGCCGGCGGCCCCGGCCCCGGCCGCCGCCUUCCCCGGGCAGCCGCAGCAGCUGCCGGCGCAGCAGCCCCCGCAGUACCCGGGGGGCAGCUACCCCCCGCAGCCAUACACCACGCAGGCCUCCCAGCCCGCUCCCUACAGCGGCCCCCCCGGCUCCCAGGCGGCGCCGGGCACCUACCAGCCGCGGCCCGGCUUCACCCCCCCGCCCGGCAGCACCAUGACCCCCCCGCCCAGCGGGCCCAACCCCUACGCCCGCAGCCGGCCUCCCUUCGGCGCCCAGGGCUACACCCAGCCCGGACCUGGCUACCGGUAAGGAGGGGCCGCCGGGCACCGACACGGACACGGGCGACCGGCACACCUACGAUUCCAUCCCAACGGCCUCCGGGAUUUUUAAUUGAGGUUCCAGAACCGUAGCUGUUAAUUAAAUUCUGCUGGGGGAGGGGAACGACCAAACGAGACGACUCUUUCCUGCUUUCGAUUGUAUACGCUUCCUAGUUUAAUUUGGGGCUGGGUUGGUUUUGGGAAACACUACCUACGUGUCUGUAAAGCGAUUGACAUUCUAGCUUGCCUUGUUGGAAGGAUACGAAGAUGCUAGUUGGAAGUUUAGCCCACUUAUCAGGCUUGUUCUUACUAAUACCAUGAUGUACUAAAUUAGGUUCAUUCUGGAGGUAAAACUAGAUAUGAUGUAUUAUAAAUUGUAAUGCUCACAUGGAAAACUAAUAAAAACCCUGAAUCUA